UUUUCUCUUCCUUCUCCGAACAUCUGAACUUCAUCGAACGGCGAAAAAUUAUCACCACCGCUGCUUUGUCGCACCGUCCCGCACUCAUCUUCACCCUCUCCGUUCUCUGGCCGAUCUCCUCUAUCCGCAAAUAUGGCAUCCGUUCUGGCCGUCGGCGUUGGCGUCGCUACUGCCGCCUUUCUGGGUCGUGCUGGUCUCGUUGCUUAUCGCCGAUCCAGAGGUACUGUAAACAGCUUGGGGAAAGCAUUUUACAAGGGAGGAUUCGAACCACGCAUGAAUAGGCGCGAGGCAUCGCUUAUCUUGGAACUCUCUGAACGGAACAUGAAUAAAGACAAAAUCCGAACGAAUCAUCGCAGACUCAUGCUGCUGAACCAUCCGGACCGAGGAGGAAGCCCGUACAUCGCCUCUAAGAUUAACGAAGCGAAGGAACUACUCGAAAAGACUUAAUUGUUUAGGGGCGGACCGUCCGUAACUCCUAUUGAUAUACUUGACUCGAACAAGCUGAGAAUUAUGCCAGGACUUCUUUUGGCUUGACAACCCUCCCAGGCUUGGCUUGAUAUACUCGAUUGCCCGCUGCUUUUUCUGAUGUUUUUCCUGGUUUCCUUUUCGGUUUCCCUCUAUUCUACGAGGGAUGCAUAGCGAGGCGUUUAUUUGGUUUUUGUCGGGUACACAUUUAUAAACCGUUGAUCUUUUCCUGCAUUUAGCCAUUUGCGCAUCUAGUAGUAUAUUGCUACGAAAUCCCUCCUCUUCUUUUGCUAUAGAUACGGAGCAAAAUUGUAUAUUAUGAAUGCUGAUCUAGAGUUCUCGAUUGUCUUUGCUUAAAUAUGAUGUUGUUCUUGUCCUCAAAAGUCUGUGAGUUGGCUACGGGGUGACAAGCCAAGGAUAGAUAAGCUUCCAAACUGCAGACUCCGCCCUGUCUUGGUACGGUACCGUCCUCAGCUGUAUCAUAUCAUAUCAACACAGUAAUUAGCGUGGCGGGAGAUUCUGGCUUCCGGCAAACUCUCGUCUCGUGUUAACUAUGUAACUUGUGGUUAUCGUAUUUUUUCCCUGGAAUGUGAUGAAAUCUUCGUAGAGAUGUCUCGAUAGAAAACGAA